CGUGGGAGCGAAGGCCCGGGCAGCUUUAAACCUUUCCGAUGCUCCGACCGAGGGACGUUACGUGGAGCCGGUUCCCGGACCCGCGCCUGCCGUACCGGGGCUGUGGUGGGCCGGAACCCCCUCUCCCCCGGGAUAGCUGGGCAGCUCACCGCCUCCUGCAGAAGUACUGCCCGGGGCCCUGAGGGUGUGGUGCUGAGCCCGCAGACCUUGUCAGGAGCCGUCACGAGACUUGCCGUGACCUGCGACAACGCGGAACAGGGAAAGCGAAGAUCUAGGGGGUGACCCGAGGAAGCACAUGGCCGAGCAGAGCCUCCCCCUGCAGAGGGUGUCAGGCCGGAAAGCCCUUGGGUAAGAGAUGGUGCGUACCCAGCAGACCUGAUGUCCUGGUCACCUCCAAGUGGUGUCCCUCAGUCCUCCAAAUGUAGAAUUGAUAGGAGGGAGAUGGCCUCGAUCCUGCGAAGCCCUCAGGCUCUCCAGCUCACUCUAGCCCUGAUCAAGCCUGAUGCAGUUGCUCAUCCGCUGAUCCUGGAGGCUGUUCAUCAGCAGAUCCUGAGCAACAAGUUCCUUAUCGUACGAGUGAGGGAGCUGCUGUGGAGAAAGGAAGACUGCCGGAGGUUUUACCAAGAGCAUGAAGGUCGAUUUUUCUACCAGCGGCUGGUGGAGUUCAUGGCCAGCGGGCCUAUCCGAGCCUACAUCCUCGCCCACCAGGAUGCCAUCCAGCUCUGGAGGACGCUGAUGGGACCCACCAGAGUGUUUCGAGCACGCUACGUGGCCCCCGAGUCCAUUCGUGGGAGUUUGGGCCUCACCGACACCCGCAACACCACCCACGGUUCAGACUCUGUGGUCUCCGCCAGCAGAGAGAUUGCAGCCUUCUUCCCUGACUUCAGCGAGCAGCGCUGGUAUGAAGAGGAGGAGCCCCGGCUGCGCCGUGGCCCUGUGCGCUACAGUCCAGAGGGAGGUGUCCACUCUCCGGCCGGAACAGAAGGCCUGGGACCAGCCUGACACAGACCUACCAGUCGUGACCACCAGCAGCGCCCGGUCUUUCUUUGACCUCUGGUCUGCGUUGUCCAAGGGCCAGGGGUGCCAUCUGCGCUGGGCACCAGCGCCUGCCUGCCAGCAGGGUACCACCCUGCCUGCCAGUGGAGCUGGCCGUGCACAUGGGCUGGACUCUGGCGCUCCAGCUACCUCUUCUCCAGGAUCUUCCCCGGGGUCCAGAAGAAUGACCCCUCUUUUCUUUGCUGAGAACUAUCCAUCCUUCUUUAAGGAGGACUGUGCCUAGCAGACUUGCCUGAAAAUUGCAGUGACUCUAAUCAUCUGGCCCGUUUCCUCAAUAAAAGUCUGUCCUGCUGCAGACUCAAGA